AUGGAAGUAACCAGCAAAGCCGCGCGGGAAGGAUCCCGCGCCGGCGGGGGAGGCGAGACUUCCAGUCGGCGCAACGGAGGGGAAAGAGAGGGCCGCGGAUCAAUGAGCGGAACAAAGCGGGAGCGCGGCGGGGGCGCGUGGGGCGCGGAGAGCAGCGGUCCCGGCGGGCGCAGCGGAGCGGGGGGAGCCAGCGGGGCCGGGGGAGCGGGGGGGAGUUCCGCGGGGGCGGGCGCGGAGAAGAAGGUGAAGGUGAUGCAGCGCGGGCACGGCAUUGCGCACCUGGAAAAGCUCCGCCUGCAGGAAUUGCGCAACGCGGAACUAGAGCGGUCGCAGCAGCAACAGCAACAACAACAGCAGCAGCAACAGCAGCAGUUGCGGCAGCUUCAGCAGCAGGACCCCUCAAGCCUCUUAACCUCUUCCGCGGCCCUCCAGGCUUUAGGCCUAGGCGGUCUCUUCCCCUUACCUCCCUCCGUCGCGUCUUCCUCUCUCGCGUCGCUCUCCGCUCCUCUCGGACCGCUUUCCGACAACCUCGCGACAGCGGCGGCGGCGGCGGCGGCAGCGGCAGCCGCGUCCGAUCCGCUAUUGAGUAUCGCUGCUAGAAGACAACUAUCGCUACUUGCCGCGUCGCGAUCGUUAUCCAGCGACUUCGCCGAUCGAAUGCGCAUGGGCGGAGACCGAUCCGUGGUGGGCGGAGGGAGCGGAACGGGCGGAAGCUUGGGCGGGCUGGGCGCAGCGCUUGGGGGUCUGAGCGGAACGACGGGGAGCAGUCCGGGCGGACACGAGCGGGUUCCGCUAGACGUCGUAAUGGCAGCUUCGGCAGGCGCAGCUUUGGGCAGAGAGGGAUUUCACAGGCUCGGCGGAGGCUUGGGCGGAGGUUUGGGCGGAGGCUUGUUUGGCGCAGGAGGAUUAGGGCUGGGGGGAGGGUUAGGCGGAGGGCUGGGGGGCGGCGCAGCGGGGGCGCGGGGAGGGACCGCGAGCGAAGGGGGCGCGGGGUUCGGGAGUAUCUUCGGCGGGGGGUUGAGGGGGGCGGCGGUGGCGGCGGCCGCGGCGGCGGCGCACGCGGCGAGUACGGGAAGGGGCGGCACUGGUGGGGCGAUGCAGUCGCUAAGCGAGUUCGCUAUUCGGCGGCUUCAGAUCUUGAACGACCUACGGCAGGUGGAAUCAGCAGGCGGGGGAUCGAAUCUCGACGUGGGGGCGUUUGGCGGAGCAGGGGGGCCGGGAGGGGGAAGUGUGGCGAUCGGCGCGGGGUACAAUUCGUGGGAGGUCGACAGCAGCUCCCGCACCCCAGGGGCCCGCGGAACAGCACUGGGCGGCGCAACGCCAGGGGGAGCGUUGGGGGGAAUGCCCGGGGGAGCAUCAGGGGGAGCGUCAGGGGGAAUGCUAGGGGGAACGUUAGGGGGAACGCUAGGGUCGGCGGCAGGGGGGGGUCUUGCUGGGGCGGGUUCUUCCCGCGGGCUGUCUAAUCUCGCCUCUGGCGCGCACGCGGGCGGGGGAAGCGCGGAGAUGAGCGCUGGGGGAGCUGGCGGAAGCGGAAUGGGCGCUGCUAUGAGCGCAGGGGGAGGCGGCGGAAGCGGAAUGGGCGCAGGGGGCGCGGCGAUUAGCGCGAGGGGAGGCGGAAGCCCGGGGGGCGGGGGGGGAAGCUCGCUUUCCGCGCAUCUGCCCAGCGCCGUGCCUCUCUCCGCCAGUGGCGCGGGGCUGGGGCCCUCCGGUUUGCGCCACAGCAGCUUUGGGGGGGAUGGGGGGACGGAGGGAUCCCCCUUUGGGGGAAGCAGAGGCGGAGGCGGAGGGGGAGGGGCAGGGGGGGUGGGCGGCGGAAGGAACCUUGAGGAGGAAAGCGGGAAAAGGGGUUUCUUGGGAGGAUUUGACCAGAGGCGGGGUAGUGGGGGGAAUGAUGCUAGUGGGGAGCGACUGGGGGCGGGAGAGGGCGGAAGGGGCGCCAUGUUUGGGGUAGGGGCGGGCAGGAGGGAGGAGGAGGAGAAGGCAGGCAGAGAAAGGGCGUUUCCAAUGCACCACACACACCCUUUCAUGCAGUAA